AUGACGACGUAUUCAUUCCCGAUUCGCGUUGUCCAUGUCAUCGAUGGCUUAUGGGUGUGCGAAAGGAAAAACGGUGCGGCAAAUCGAUACGACAGACCAACCGAGCGCUGCAACUCGUGGUGUUUCGUUCAUCGGUCGGUCGGUCGGUCGGUCGGUCAAGAGACUCAAUCAACGGUGAACGACAGCGGGACGAAGAGGUAG